UUCCGAUCCCAAGGGGCAGUGGGUCUUUCCAAGCACUGUUAGCAAGUGCCAGGUGGCAUAGAAGGAGCAGGUGACUGGCAAAAGGCCUUUCAGCUGGAAUGAACAGCCCAGGUUCAAUUACAAGCUUGAAGGUAGCUGGAACGUUUAAGGAGGAAGCAAACUUGAUCGGGACCUGUUGCUUCUUCGGGCGAGUGGCUGCUGCGACAUGCUCCUGAGGAAGCGACCCAGGAACGGACGGUGCAGGCUUCAGUUCCUCCUGCUUUUCCUGACGCUGGGAUGUAUCCUAAUGAUGGUGACUCUGCUGCCCCCUCCCCCGCCCACCCCGCACCAGGCUGUCACAGCCAGGACCAGCAAACAUAGUCCUGACACUGGGUACCACAUGGACUUCGGGGACUCUCAGGAGUGGGUCCUGGAGGAUGAGGGUGAGGAGUACAGUUUCUUGGACGGUCUGCCACCUUUCAUUUCCCUGCAGGAGGAUCAAUUGUUGGUGGCUGUGGCCUCCCCCAGAGCUAGGAGGAAUCAGAGCCAGGGCAGGAGACACCGCAGCUACCAGUUCAUCAAACCCUUGAGCAGGAGGCGGGAUGAGGGAGCCCCUGAGAGGGAUUGGAGGACUGAGGAAGAUGGGGAGGAAUCAGAAGAGGGGCUGGCCCCACUCGGCUUGGAUGCAGAUGGCCUCAACAGGGCGCUCAGUGCCCGCCUGCCCCUGAGGAGAGUCCUGCCUGAGGUGCGGCACCCACUAUGCCUGCAGCAGCACUUCACAAGUGGCCUGCCCACAGCCAGCGUCAUCCUCUGUUUCCACAACGAGGCCUGGCCCAUGCUACUGAGAACCGUGCACAGCAUCCUGGACACAGCACCUAGGGCCUUGCUGCAGGAAAUCAUCCUGGUAGAUGACCUCAGCCAGCAAGAACAACUGAAGUCUGCUCUCAGUGAAUAUGUGACCAAGCUGGAGGCCGUGAAGCUGCUCAGGAGCAACAAGAGACUUGGUACCAUUGGGGCCCGGAUGCUGGGGGCCACCAGGGCCACAGGGGAUGUGCUGGUCUUCAUGGAUGCCCAGUGUGAGUGCCACCCUGGAUGGCUGGAGCCCCUCCUCAGCAGAAUAGCCGAUGACAGGAGCCGAGUGGUGUCUCCUGUCAUAGAUGUGAUUGACUGGAAGAUGCGUCAGUACUCUGCGUCCAAGGAGCUGCAGCGAGGGGUGUUGGACUGGAAGCUGGAUUUCCGAUGGGAGCCCCUGGGGGAGCAGGAGCAGAAGGCCCUGCCAUCCCCCAUCAGCCCUGUCAGGAGCCCUGUGGUACCCCGAGAGGUGAUGGCUGUGGACAGACAUUACUUCCAAAACACCGGAGCUUAUGACCCUCUCCUGUCACUGCAGGGUAGUGAAGAUCUUGAGAUGUCCUUCAAGGCCUGGCUCUGUGGUGGCUCUGUUGAGAUCCUUCCCUGCUCUCGAGUGGGACACAUCUACCAAAGCCAAGAUACCAGCUCCAGGACUGACCCUGAGGUCAUCUUGAGGAACAAGGUCCGCAUUGCUGAGACCUGGCUAGGGCCCUUCAAAGAAACCUUCUACAGACACAUCCCAGAGGCUUUUACCCUGAGCAAGGUUGCAAAGCCAGACUGUACAGAGCGCCUGAAGCUGCAAAGGAGGCUGGGAUGCCGGACGUUCCACUGGUUUCUGGCCAAUGUCUACCCGGAGCUGUAUCCAUCUGCGCGUAGGCCCAGAUUCUCUGGAAAGCUCCACAACACCGGACUUGGCUUCUGUGCAGACUGCCAAGCAGAAGGGGACAUCCUGGGCUGCCCCAUGACCUUGGCUCCUUGCAGUAACAACCGGCCGCAACAGAACCUGGAGCACACCAGCAGGAAGGAAAUUCGCUUCGGCCGUCCGCAGCACCUGUGCUUCGAUGUCAGCCGAGAGCAGGUGAUUUUGCAGAACUGCACGGAAGAAGGCCCUGCCAUCCAUCAACAGCACUGGGACUUCCAGGAGGAUGGAAUGAUCAUCCACAUUCUUUCUGGGAAAUGCUUGGACGCCGGGGUUCAGCCAAACAAUAAGGAUUUGUGCUUGCGACAGUGUGAUGGUAAAACCAGCCAGCUGUGGCAGUUCGACCAGGUGCACCCCGUGCCUGAACGAUGAGUAACGCCAACAGAGAGCAAAGCGCAUGCUCGG